AAAAGAAUAAGAGCAGGAUGCCGAUGGGGCAUGGAGGGAGCGGAGGAGGAGGAGGAGGAGAGCGGGCACGUCUUCUCCAGCUACCCAGCCGUCCGGCGUGUCAGCAUUGCAGUGGAUGAGACUAACGUCCUGCCGGGGGCUCUGCAGCUGAUCCGAACGCUCAGACCACAAUGGGAGACGGAGCGCGUUAAAACCAAGCUCUUCACUGAAGGCAUCACCAACAAGCUAAUGGCUUGUUUCACAGAUGAGAAUAUGAGAGAUGCAGUCCUAGUGCGGGUCUAUGGCAGGAAAACAGAACUUAUUGUGGACCGAGCCAAUGAGCUGAGAAAUUUCCAAGUCCUUCAGGACAACGGCUGUGCCCCCAACCUCUUCUGCACUUUUGAGAAUGGAUAUUGCUAUGAAUUCAUGUCAGGGAAAGCUCUGGGACCAGAACAUAUCCGGGAGCCAAGUAUGUUCAGGCUAGUAGCUCAGGAGAUGGCCAAAAUGCACAGGAUUCAUACCAACGGGAGUCUUCCCAAGCCUUGUCUUUGGCACAGAUUGUACAAGUACUUUAAUAUUGUGAAAACGGAGUUUGCUCAAAAGACAUCAAAUUCCAGCUUCCUUCAGGAAAUGCAGAUUCCUAGCCUAGAGGUGUUAGAAGAAGAGAUUCAUUGGAUGAAAGAACAUCUCUCCCAGCUUCAGUCUCCAAUCGUCUUCUGCCACAAUGACCUUUUGAGCAAGAACAUCAUCUACAACAAAGCCGAAGGUCAUGUCCGGUUCAUAGAUUAUGAAUAUACUGGCUACAAUUAUCAAGCAUAUGACAUUGGGAAUCAUUUUAAUGAAUUUGCAGGGCUCAAUGAAGUCGAUUACAACUUAUAUCCAUGCAAGGAAGUCCAAUUGCAAUGGCUGAGGUACUACCUGCAGUCUUACAAGAAACUAAGCCCAGAGGACCAGGGAGAAGGAAACAAAAGCAGAGGAGGGAGUGGAGCAAUAUCUGAAGAAGAACUGGAGAGUCUCUAUGUGCAAGUGAACCAGUUUGCUUUGGCUUCCCAUUUUCUGUGGGCUUGCUGGGGCCUGAUCCAAGCCCAAUUCUCUACGAUAGACUUUAAUUUUGCCAGGUACGCAGACAUAAGAUUUAAGCAGUACUUUAAAACAAAACCUGUGGUGACUUCCCUUCAAAUGUCCAAGUGA